AUGGCUUCUGAGGAUGUUCUUAAACCACCACCCCGGCCCGCCUCGUCCCCGGCGGUGACCCAGUUCUAUAAUUUCAUAUCCGAUCCUCUGGUUGCCGCAUUUUGUGGUGGUGGAGUGGCCGGUGCCGUCUCCCGCACCGUCGUCUCUCCGCUCGAGCGUCUCAAGAUCCUGUUUCAAGUGCAGAGCGCCGGGCGCACCGAGUACCAACUAUCCGUGGGCAAGGCGCUCAAGAAGAUGUGGGUAGAGGAAGGCUGGCGUGGCUUUAUGCGUGGCAAUGGCACCAACUGCAUUCGCAUCGUGCCGUACUCUGCCGUACAGUUUGGGAGCUACAAUGCGUACAAGAAGUCAGCGUCCUUCGCCGACCUGGGCAGCCGGCCACAAAAGCUACCGGGCAUGUGGGAGACGCUGCUCUUGAUGUAUAAAAACGAAGGUGGCAUGUUGGCCCUCUACCGCGGCAUCAUUCCAACAGUAGCCGGCGUGGCACCAUAUGUUGGGCUCAACUUUAUGGUUUAUGAGGCAGCUCGAAAGUACCUCACAAAAGAGGGCGAGCAGAACCCUUCGGCUGUGCGUAAGCUGUUGGCAGGUGCCAUUUCCGGCGCAGUCGCACAGACCUGCACAUAUCCAUUUGACGUGCUGCGCCGCCGAUUCCAGAUCAACACCAUGUCCGGCAUGGGCUACCAGUACAAGUCAAUAUAUGAUGCUAUCCGCGUCAUUGUUAUGCAAGAAGGACUGAGGGGUCUUUACAAAGGUGUCGUCCCGAAUCUGCUAAAAGUUACGCCUAGCAUGGCGUCCAACUGGCUAAGCUUUGAGGUAACCAGAGACUUCCUUGUCGGCUUACGUCCCGAGCCGGAAGACAUAGCAUCAUAG